GGCCCGGGGAAGCUGCUGCACGCGGCUACGGGAGGGAGCGCGUCCGCUCCGCUCGGGUCGGUCCGGCCGGGCCAUGGAGUCGUUGCCUGAGCCCGCGUCCCGCUGUCUUCUGCUCCUCCCCUCGCUGCUGUUGCUGCUCCUCCCGGCCCCGGGGCUGGGCCCGAGCCAGGCCCGAGCCGAGGAGAACGACUGGGUUCGACUGCCCAGCAAAUGCGAAGUGUGCAAAUAUGUUGCUGUGGAGCUGAAGUCAGCCUUUGAGGAAACUGGCAAGACCAAGGAGGUGAUUGACACAGGCUAUGGCAUCCUGGACCGGAAGGCCUCUGGAGUCAAAUACACAAAGUCGGACUUACGGUUAAUUGAAGUCACUGAGACCAUUUGCAAGAGGCUCCUGGACUAUAGUCUGCACAAGGAGAGGACCGGGAGUAACCGGUUUGCCAAGGGCAUGUCAGAGACCUUUGAGACGCUACACAACCUGGUACACAAAGGAGUCAAGGUGGUGAUGGACAUCCCCUAUGAGCUGUGGAACGAGACCUCUGCAGAGGUGGCUGACCUCAAGAAGCAGUGCGACGUGCUGGUGGAAGAGUUCGAGGAGGUGAUCGAGGACUGGUACAGAAACCACCAGGAGGAGGACCUGACCCAAUUCCUCUGUGCCAACCAUGUGCUGAAGGGAAAGGACACCAGUUGCCUGACAGAGCGGUGGUCUGGCAAGAAGGGGGACACAGCCACCCUGGGAGGGAAGAAGUCCAAGAAGAAGAGCAGCAAGGCCAAGGCAUCAGGUGGCCAGAGUAGCAGCAGCAGCAAGCAGAGGAAGGAGCUGCAUGGCCUUGAGGGAGACCCCGGCCCCGAGGAGGACGAGGGCAUCCAGAAGGCAUCCCCGCUUACACAUAGCCCCCCUGAUGAGCUUUGAGCCUAACCCAGUGUCCCCUGUACGGAGACUCCUGUUCUCAAAGCUGAAGCGUCUAGGGCCUGGCUCUGGCGGGCACAGAUGGCUUUCCCAGCUUCAGGGCCUCGCUGCCUCACCUGUGCCCUCUUCCCACCAAGG